AUGAACCGAAACGAAGGCGCACCGAAUUUCCCGCCGACCAUCGUCACCAAUGUGAAAGACGACAUGGACAUCCAGCGCGAGGAGACCUUCGGCCCCACCAUCACCAUCGUCAAGUUCAAACAGGAAGAUGAAGCCAUCUACCACGCGAACGACACCAUCUACGGACUCAGCUCCAGCGUGUGGACCUCCGACCUCGCCAAGGCCGAGCGCUUCGUCCGCGCGAAACGAUGCGGGCAAUGUCUGCGUCAACGACGUCAUGGUGACCGAAGGCAAUUCCGGCCUGCCCUUCGGCGGGGUGGGAAACAGAGCGGGAUCGGCCGCUACAAGAGCGGCGUGGGCCUGCACAAAAAUUCUGCAACAUCAAGUCCCUCAUGGUCGACCCGGCAAGAAGGACAGCGAAGGACACUGGUACCCCUACACCAAGGAGAAAUUCCAGGAAAUCUUGAGACCUUCGGUCGACUAGGUGGACGGUCAGGAGACCCGUCCACAACACAGGGGGAGGAGCCCGUGGCCCUCAGUUGUGGGCCGGUCUCCGGAUCGGCCCACCCAAGCGACCGGAGGCCCCCAGCAAAGGGGAUCUCAGGCGCUCAUUCCCUAUAG